AUGAUCAAUGAAUCAACCGGAGGAAUUAUUCCUCAAAGCGAUGUUAGUCCUGUUAGUCCUUUGCUUAAACGUGGCAAGAAAGAUGAAAUAUGUUACGACUACAUCGCUGCAAUUGCAACAUUUGAUCAAGAAGAUCUGACCGGUGUUGUUACCUUGGUCGGAGACGAUUCUAAACCAGAAACCUUUGUCUAUGGUCUUUUCUCAAAAGGCAUAAAAAAUGCCAAUAAAUUUAAUCUUUUAAUCAAAUGUGAUGACAAGGUUGCCUAUAAUUUGACUGAUGACUUAGAUUUUAAAUCUGACGGCAAAGAUGGUACUAAACCGUUUUGCGCAUAUAUUCAUUUUGACCUUUUAAAAUUUUUAUCAGAAGAUGGUUGUGGUAAACCUAAUAGAUGUGAUGAUUGUGAUGACUAUAAGCAUGGUGAUAAGCAUGAUUAUAAGCAUGGUGAUAAGCAUGAUGAUGAUAACGAUGAUAAGCAUGGUGAUAAGCAUGGUGAUAAGCAUGGUGAUAAGCAUGGUUAUAAACGUUAUGUCAAACGACAAGGAGCUGGUCCAAAUGUCGGUGCUACCCCGCCUUCGGCCAGCGCACCGAUCAAUCAAGCAAAACCUUA